AUGUCUGUUCUCAACAACUCUGAGGUUCAACUUUUCCUUCUGAUUGGAAUUCCAGGACUGGAACAUGCUCACCUAUGGAUCUCCAUUCCCAUUUGUCUCAUGUAUCUGGUUGCCAUCUUAGGCAACAGUACCAUCCUCUUUUUCAUAAAGACAGAGCCCUCACUUCAUGAGCCCAUGUAUUAUUUCCUUGCCAUGUUGGCAAUCUGUGAUCUGGGCCUGUCUUUCUCCUCUCUUCCUACCAUGAUGAGAAUCUUAUUCAAUGCCAUGGGAAUUUCACCCAAUGCCUGUUUUGCUCAAGAAUUCUUCAUCCAUGGAUUCACGGUCAUGGAAUCUUCAGUGCUUCUAGUAAUGUCUUUGGAUUGUUUUCUUGCCAUUCACAACCCCCUGAGAUAUAAUUCUCUCCUCACUAGCAACAAAGUUGCUAAAACAGGACUGAUCUUAGCCACCAGAAGCAUUCUCUUAGUGCUUCCAUUUCCCUUCACUCUAAGGAGACUGAAAUAUUGUCAGAAGAAUGUCCUCUCUCACUCAUACUGUCUUCAUCAGGAUACCAUGAAGCUGGCCUGCUCUGACAACAAGAUCAAUGUUAUCUAUGGCUUCUUUGUUGCUCUCUGCACUAUGCUGGACUUGGCUUUAAUUGUUCUGUCUUAUACAUUUAUCCUGAAGACUGUACUCAGCAUCGCAUCUCUGGCAGAGAGACUCAAGGCCCUUAACACCUGCGUCUCCCACAUCUGUGCUGUGCUCAUUUUCUACAUACCCAUCAUCACCCUGGCAGCCAUACACCGCUUUGCCAAGCACAAAAGCCCCCUUAUUGUAAUCCUUAUUGCAGAUAUAUUCUUGUUGUUGCAGCCCCUAAUGAACCCCAUUGUGUACUGUGUAAAGACUCGACAAAUCAGGGAGAAGGUUUUGGGGAAGUUGUCUAACAUAUAUAGGACAUAA